AUGGAGAUUAAAGUCAAACCAAAAGCCACAGAGUCGACGAUUGUAGCAGCUAAAGAGGAAGAUGUGACGAACAUGAAAGCGUGUGUCCUGGUUGGUCAAAAGGCAGAAGAAGAGAUUAAUACUAAAGGACAAGAAAGUAUGAAGAUCAUGGAGGGUUUAAGACAAAACUCUGAUGAAACGAAACAAGAUGAUUCUAAGAGUGACUCGGGAUCCUCAUCUUCAUCAUCAUCAUCACUUGAGAUUAUGAAGAACUUGGAAAUCGAAAGCACCAAAGAGAAAGAAGAGAACAAGAAAGAGAAUAAUAAUAUUUCUAACAAGAAGACGAGUUCACACGUGUGGGACUGUGGUAGCUCUCUCUACGACUCGUUUGAGCUCAACUCGUUCAAACGUCAACUCGACUCAGCCAUCUCUGCUUCCUCCGCCAGAACCAUGUCCAUGUCUCAUCUUCCCGACCGCCGUCUCCCUCCUCUCGACUCACUCUCGCCGAAGUCUUAUCCUCCGCCGGCGACAACUUCUUCCUCUGUCGCCAAGAAACAUUCGAACAAGAUCUCUCGUUCUCUCCAGAGGUUCUUGAAGUCAGUGUUCAGACCAAAACAGCACCAAAGCUUGUCCUCAUCAAGCACUCCUUCUUCGCCGGUCUACAAGGCGGCCGGACACCGCGGUGGCGAUAAAGAUAGAUACUACGUCGUUUAUGACAAAUCGGGUUCGUUAACUACAAUUCCAGAGUCAACGGAGAGGGAGGUGGGGCCCGAGAUCAGCUCUCUUGUUAGGAAAACCGUGUCCGAGAGAUUCCCGGCGAAUCGGGUCGUUGGAAUAUCAUGUGCAUGA